AUGGUGGAGGACGAGGAAGAAGACGUCGGUUUGGCCACGCCGGAAGAUUCCGUGUCGGUGCAGUCAACGGGAUCAGUGAUGCGGGGGCUGCGGGAUAGCUGCCACAGGAAGAUACGCAAGAGGGACGUCGUGGAUGUGUUCGUUUUGACGAAGGAAGCGAACAAGGAGUAUAAGUCGACGGCUGCAAAGAAGGGCAUCGGGGCCGAGGCCUUCCGUACCUUCGAUAACUGGCUGGCCGGUUUAUCAUCAUUACUCCCCAUCCUCUAUCUAGGUCUCAGCCUUUGUGACUUUGCGAUCUGUGACCCAUCCUCCAGUGAGUGUGAGAGCCACGCCGGGCUAGUGACCUGUGACUGCCGGCAAGGGUACUAUAAGAACAGCCCCACGGACCGCAUCUGCAGAGCAUGUGCAAGCGGCUUCCAGCGGACAGAGGACCAGUGCGAAAGGUGUCCUUUAGGAUUUGGUGGCUUUAACUGUGAGGAAUCGUUUCUGCUGGCGGUGAUCGUGGAGUCCUGCGUCGGCUGUGUACUCCUGGCGUCACUCAUCGCUCUGCUCAUCAUCUACCUCAGGAGGGAGAACGCCCAGAAGCCAAGAUUCAUGGACAGCAUCGUCCUGGGGAUCCCCAUGGAGCAGCAGGAGAUCCGGCUGCCGAGGGCGCAGUUCUCAUGGAGAAGAGAGUGGGAAUGGGACGAUCUGACUGCAAAGACCCCGACAGACAUUCAGCAAGGACCCCCGGAUGACAUUUCGGAAGCGCCAGAGAUUCAGAUGAAAACAUUUGGAGAAUUUGCGAGAUCUCCGGCUGCGAGCCCUUACCGCGGGAGCCAUAACCUGGCGUUUAUCAGUGACAAUUAGGGGAGGGAAUGGAGACCCAAGGCUGAAAACUGGAGGCGCGGAACUGAAGUACAUCCUACACUACGAGUUCAGAUUCCUCAUCUGGUCCCAGACACAUUAUAAGGGAAUAAUCGGAGAGAAAUCUGAGAUGACGCCCUCGCUGCGUCAGGUGACCCUUUUCUGGGCGACGUCAGGGGAUGUAGAAGAUUUCAUUGUUAAAUGCAGUGAGAGGAAGAUUCCAGAACAAGUUACUUGUGUAUUCCCAAAUAUUGUGGGUAAUGGACAUUUCACCAAGAAGAACACGAAGGAACCGCAGCUGCCUCAGGAGGGGCGCACUAGCGCUAAAAUAAAACCUUUAUUGUCAUUUAUUAAAAUCUUUUUUUUUUAUCAAUAAUAAAAAAUAAAAAAAAAUCAGUGAACCAUAGAA